AUGACGCGGCAUAAGAAGUCGUCUGGGAAUGCGAAGGCCAAGCUUCUUCUGGGGGAAGAAUCUCUUUUGGGAGAUCCUUGGGUUCCAAUAUACGAAAUGCCGGUAGAAUUUGAUGCUCAUCACUUUGAGUCAGCAAUGUCAAAUUUAAUAAAACAACCAAAUAUAAACUCCACUGUAAUCAUGAGAGCAGAUAUAUUAAAGGAAAACAAAUAUGAUCCAAAAGAAGGGGAUUACACGUUUGUAAGUAAAUCAAUUAACGAAUUUCCAAAGUUCCCUAUGUCAGACACUGAAGAAGGAGAAAUUCUCCAUAGGUAUCUUCAAGAUGCCGAGUUGAAAAGCAUGCCAUUAGGCAACUCAGCACUUGAAUUAACCAUCAAAUCAGAAGUGGUUAGGAGGAUUAUCCCCAGAAAUCCCUUUAAGGAUUAUAUAAUAAAUCAGACUUGCAUAAUAUUGACUAAUGAAGACACUGUCUUCGUUGCAUAUAUUCCACAUAUCCAAUCGGAAGAAGAAACACCAUUUUACCUUCCUCCAGUUCGAGCAAUUGGUAUUCUUUAUCAUAAAUCGAAAUUAUCGAUCCACUAUUUACCUUUUGAUUUCAAGAAACAGGAUUCUUUAAGGUCAUUAGAUUGGACAGAACGUCCUAUAAGAAUCGCGCUUAGAUUGCUAGAGACAUCUAGUAAACAUUCACAGGGGGCAAAAGAUGGAUAUGAGAAACGCGUUUUGCAUGACUUAGUUGUUCCUAAGGUGGCUUUUCAAAAUAGGUAUAUCAGCUUGAAAAGAAAGUACUCAUCGCAACUAGUCAGUCAGUGGUGUGAAAGCACUGAUCCAAAAAAACAUGUUUUUGAAGAUAUAGCGAUUGCUGCAUUUUUAAUCGAAUUAUGGUCUCAGAACUAUAAAAGUAAUGAUGAGUUUGAGUUUAGAGAUUUGGGAUGCGGUAAUGGACUCUUGGUCUAUAUUCUAUUACUGGAAGGUUAUAAGGGACAAGGUAUUGAUGCAAGAGCUAGAAAAUCUUGGAGUAUGUAUCCACAGGAAGUUCAGAACCAAUUGAAGGAGCAAGUAUUAAUUCCUGGAGUCUUGCUAAAGCCACAUCCUGCUGUACAAAAGCUCGCACCACACAUUACCGACAAUGGGAGGUACUUCCAAGUUCCCGACAAGGUCUCAAGCCAUUCCGAACCUUUAAUGACCUAUCAUUCUGCUGCAAACCUAUUACAAUCACCGCAUAUUUGUACUACAGAAACCUUUCCUCCAAAUACAUUUAUAAUAGGAAAUCAUUCUGAUGAAUUAACAUGUUGGAUCCCUUUAUUGAAUUUUCCCUUCAUGGUAAUCCCGUGUUGUUCUCACGCACUCAACGGUGCAAAAGUACGCUAUAGCCCUUCCAAAAGGAGAUCUCCACUGUAUCCAGUGAAUGUUUCAACGUAUUCUGCCUUGGUUGACCACGUUGAAGACUUAUCGGUACAAAUGGGGUGGUUAGUUGAGAAGGAGAUGUUGAGGAUUCCCAGCACGAGAAAUGCUGCUCUUAUAGGAACACAGAAAGCACCUGCAUUCCUCAACAUCUCAGAGGAUUCUAUACAAACUAGGGUAUUAGAUAUACUCGUUUUAGAGGGUGGUGCAGAAGGAUGGGUAGAGAACUCGAUGGCUCUCAUGAAGAAACCACCUAGAAGCCACUAG